UAUAGAAGUAAUAUGUGAGAUCAUAAUCCACUGUCGUUUUCGUGGAAGAAAACAAAAGGAAAAUUUGGCCUCUCCCCCUUUUGUUCCUCUUUUGAUUCCUCCAAAACCUAUCUAUGUAUUACUACUUCCCACUCACAAACAAAACGCACCGCUCUCUGUGUCUCAUCCAUCUGUUCAUCUCUUCACACCUCUAGAAAAAUCUCAGUUUUCUUUGUUGUUUGAUUCAGCUGGAAAAUUCAUCUUUGUUAAUCCUUCUCUUCACACCCCUAGAGUUUAUUCUGUUUGCUUUUCGUUUAUAAUUAAUGGAGAGAUCCAAUUCCAAAUAUUUCACCAACUUGGUUAACUCAUCCAGCUCUAUAUCAGACGGUGAGCUAUUUGAUGCAUCACAAUAUGCCUUUUUUGGUGGAGAUGUUGGGGAAGAAAUUGAGUUGGGGGGUUUAUUAGAGGAAGAUGAUAAUUGCAUUCCUUCUCGAAAUCGAAAUUGUGAUGAUGAGGUACCGGAGUACCAUUUGUUUGAAAAAUAUGAGGGAUCAGCUUUGGGGUCUUUAUCCGACAUAGAUGAUCUGGCCACCACAUUUUCGAAGUUGAACAGAAAUGUCACUGGACCAAGGCAUCCUGGAGUUAUUGGCGACCGUGGAUCAGGAUCUUUUUCCAGGGAAAGUUCAUCGGCAGCUGAAUGGUCAAAGGAGGCAGAUUUUCCUGAUUGGUUUGAUCAGGAUUUUUCUGACAGUGAAAGUUACCAGGAAAGCAAAAGAUGGUCUUCACAGCCACAUCCCUCUGCUGUGCAUCUUGCAAAGUCGAAACCAUUGUAUAGGACAUCCUCAUACCCUCAGCGACCCCAACAACUUCAGCACUUCUUAAGUGAACCCAUUCUAGUACCAACGUCAUCGUUCAAUUCUUUUCCUCCUCCAGGUGGCCAAUCUCAACAAUCCUCACCUUGCAGCCAUUUGCAUCCGCAAAACUUAUCAUCUCUUGCUGCUGGACCUAAGUAUCCCUAUUUCACUGCUAAUUGCUCUACUUUGUCAAACUCUAAUAUGCAUUUGCCAGGCUUGCCUCAUGGGAUCCAUUAUGGUGGAAACAUAUCACAGUUGAACACCACUGGCCUUUCACUUAAUAACCUGCUGCAAAAUCGCUGGACCAGCCAUGCAGGACUCAUACAUAGGGACCAUUCUAGUCUCAUAAACAGUAUCUUACCACAUCAUUUUCCUCAUCAAAAUGGGUUAUUAUCCCCUCAGAUAAUGUCCCCCCAGCAGCAGCAGAGAUUGCAUCUUGCAGUUCAGCCGACUUUAGGUCAUUUUUCAGCACUUCAAUCUCAAUUAUUUAAUUCCUUUCCUUCCCCGUCCCAUCUGAGCAAGUAUGGAUCAGCGGAUUACAGAAAUCCAAGAUCUAAGUCAUCACAUAAAGGUAGACACAGUGUGCAUUCUUCUAAACAAGCUACUGAUAAUGGUAACCAGAAAAUACAGUUCAGAUCUAAAUACAUGACUGGUGAUGAAAUACAGAGCAUUAUGAAAAUGCAGCAUUCUGCAACACAUGGAAAUGAUCCUUAUGUGGAUGAUUAUUAUCACCAAGCUCGGUUAUCAAAGAAAGCAGCUGAUACAAGAUCAACGCGUCGGUUCUGUCCAAAUAAGGAGCAAGCAUCACGGCCACACAAUAGCACAGAGAUGCAGCCUCAUCUCCAUGUUGAUGCUCAGGGGCGGGUUUCAUUUUCUUCCAUCUGUAGGCCUUGUCUUCUUCUUGAAUUUGAUCCACCGGGUCUUGUUUCCAGUGAUGGAAGUGGUGAGCAGAAGGUAUCUGAGAAACCUUUGGAACAGGAGCCGACACUUGCAGCUAGAAUUACUAUUGAAGAUGGUUUCUAUCUUCUUCUUGAGGUUGAUGACAUUGACCGGCUCCUUCAGUUUCGUCAGCCCCAGGAUGGUGGUGCUCAGCUCAGGCGGAAACGGCAGAUCCUCUUAGAAGGUAUGGCAGCCUCGCUUCAACUUGUUGACCCUCUUGGCAAAAGUGGCAGUUCUGUAGGGCUUACUGCUAAAGAUGACAUUGUAUUUUUAUGGUUGGUAUCACUUCCCAAAGGCCAAAAGCUCAUCUCAAGGUAUCUUUGUCAUCUUAUUCCUGGAAGUGAGCUUGCCAGAAUAGUUUGCAUGGCAAUUUUCCGACACUUAAGAGUCUUGUUUGGUGGUCUUCCAACUGAGACGGAAGCAGUGGAGACCAUUACUAAUCUUGCAAAAACAGUCACUGGAUGCAUCAGUGGCAUGGACCUCAAUUCGCUCGGUGCUUGUCUAGCUGCUAUUGUUUGUUCGUCAGAACAGCCUCCUCUCCGCCCACUUGGAAGCCCUGCUGGAGAUGGAGCCUCUGUUAUUCUAAAGACUGUUCUUGAAAGGGCAACUCAUCUGAUAACAGAUCCUCAGGCUGGUGGCAACUUCAGCAUGCCUAAUCCUGCCUUUUGGCAGGCAUCUUUUGAUGCCUUCUUUGGUUUACUUACCAAGUAUUGUCUGAGUAAGCAUGAAAGUAUUAUGCAAUCAAUACUUGCGCAGACUCCAUCAAACACUGAGGUGGUUGGUCCAGAGGCUGCAAGAGCCGUAAGUAGAGAAAUGCCAGUGGAGCUUCUACGUGCAAGUCUGCCACACACAAAUGAGCAACAAAGGAAGCUGCUGUUCAAUUUUGCUCAGCGAUCCAUGCCUGUUGCUGGAGUUGAUGCUCAUGGUGGAUGUAGUGGACAAACAAAUCUUGAACCCGUGAGCUGCUAGCUGAGUUCUAAGAUAGCAAGUAUAGUUGUACAUCCGUAAUCCUCAGGGUGGUCAUCUAGCUGCUCUUUUCAGAAGCAUGGUAUUCUGAUCCAGAAAUAGAAGGCUGGAGUCUGAAAGCAAGGGUAUGCAUAUAAUAUUAGGCGUCGUUUUAAUGCCUACAGUUCCUAUUCCUCCUCCAUCUUCUUUGUUCUCUUUUCUUAUUUCCCACACCUUCUUUUCCCUAUUUCUUUCUCUCUUCAUAUUCACUUUCUUUUUUCAGCUUUUCCUUGUUCAUUGCUGAAGGAAUAGGCGGGGCAGUUUCUUUUUAACUUUUUCCUUCUGUCUUGACUUAUUUUUUAUGCUCUUUUGGUCAUAACUGCUGGAAGGGGUAGAAUGUACAGGUGGUUUAUCGAGACUUUUGGCAACUGUUGAACUUAGCCAUUUCCCCGAGGUAAAAUGACAUGUUUACCUGAAGUAAACAUUGAUGGCUCGCAAGAGAAUAGGGUUCAUUUGCCAGAAUUAUAACUUAAAAGGAUGAAAAAUGUAAUAAGUAGAUGUUUGUGUUCAUUGAACCUCCCCCCUAAUUGUUUAUAAUAUUGUGUAUUGAAAUGUGGCAUCCUUAUUUGUAAA